AUGGUUAACACCAACACAGCGUCAGACCUCACCGCGCUGCUACCCAAGACCUCGCUGCGCCGCUGCCCAAGGCCGCACCGCACCAGCUGUCAGUGGUGCAUCUUUGUUCUUUGCAACUAUGUGGAGGACGACAUGGACAUCUACUCCGGCAACAGCUACUCCGUCCUACUCACCACCGACCAGGACCCAUCGUCCAACUACUGGAAUGAGUGGAGUGUGGUCAAGUGUGGGUGGGAUGCCUACGUACUUGGAGAAGCACCAUACAAAUUCCAAAAUGCACUUGAAGUUGUGAAGACUCUAAGAGCAGAGCCUAAGGCCAAUGAUCAGUAUUUUCCCCCCUUUGUGAUAGUUGAUGAGAGUGACAAAUCGGUUGGUCCUAUAGUAGACGGUGAUGCAGUUGUGACUUUCAAUUUCAGAGUUGAUCGCAUGGUUAUGCUUGAGAAAGCACUUGAGUUUCCUGAUUUUGAUAAAUUUGACCAUGUUCGUGUACCAAAAAUUAAGUACGCUGGGAUGUUUCAAUAUGAUGGUGAGUUGAAGCUUCCAAGCAAGUACCUUGUUUCCCCACCUUUCAUUGAGAGGACAUCUAGAGAAUACUUGGUGAACAAUGGUGUCCGCACCUUCGCUUGCAGUCAAACAGUUAAGUUUGGCCGUGUCACAUUUUUCUGGAAUGGAAACCGUUCGGGAUACUUUGACGAGACCAAGGAAGAGUACAUAGAAAUUGGUAUCACAUUCAAUGAGCAGCCCAAAAUGAAAGCAUUUGAAAAUGCGGAGAGACGGGCCACGCUCGGGCUGAUCCAGGAGCUUGGUGCACUAGGCCCCAAGGACAAGAUGAUGACAAAGGCUGCAGCGGCCCUCAUCAAGCGCUUCGAUGAGCCGUUGACAGAGAGCGACCUUCAGGCCAUCGCAAAGCUCACCAACCUGGACGUUGCUGCUCUUCGGAUCGCUGCUGCCACGGUCGGCCGAGAUGCCAGGACCGUGGAGGUCAAUGUGUGA